AUGUUAACAGCGGAGAAGCUAACGAUUGUGCAGAACAUUCCUGGUGAUCCGUUCAUACCUAUUGUCGGUCACAUUCCUCGCUUUAGUCGAAAUGACCAGAUCCUCGAUGUUCGUCGAUAUCAACAAGAGAAACAUGGCAACAUUUAUUUGCUGUCAUUUGGACAUCGCGUCAAUUUGGUAUUAGUUGACACCAAUUACAUUGGCGAUGUGUUGAGAAAGUGCGCAAAAUGUUACAAGAAACCGGAACUGUUUCGAACUGUAUUCGGUCCUUUGAUUGGCGGCACAAACAAUCUGUUUGCCAGCGAAGGUGAGGAGCACAGACGAUCGAGAAAAAUGUUGAAUCCAGCAUUUCAACAUUCGAACCUGCAGUCAGUGGUUACAAUCAUGACUGAGCAGACAGCCAGACAUGUGGACGAGCUAUUGGCAGAUAUCACGAACAACGACAUAAAGGAAUUUGAUAUGGAUCAGGAAUUCUACAAACUGACAUUGUCAAUCAUUGUCUCAUCUGUAUUCGGCCAGGAAAUAUUUGAGACAAAAUCGAACGGAAAAGAAGUACUUUGCAGUGCAUACAGAAAUGCCAUCAAAGCUAUCGAAUAUCGUUCAUUGUACAUGAUUAAUCAAAUACCAAUAGUGAAAAAUUUACCGUUAUGGAAAAAAGACAUCGUUGACAAAGGAACAAAUGAAAUUUGCAAGUUUGUUAAUGAAAUCAUCGUUGAUUAUAGUCGAAAAAACGGUUCGUCAUCGCCAACAAAUAGCAGUAAUAUACUCAGUCUAUUAUUGUCGGCUACUGAUCAGUAUGGCAUCGGAUUCAAUGAUGAGGAACUGAAGCAAGAAGCAGCGUCAUUCCUUUUCGCUGGUCAUGAAGCAAGCAGUAAUCUGAUGACAUGGUGUUUAUACGUACUGAUGACGCAUGACAAUGUCUACCGGGAUUGUCAAGAUGAAAUUGACCGUGUGCUAGAAGAUGGACAGCCACCCGAAUUCUGUAAACUGAAUGAGCUGGAAAUACUCGAUGCUGUACUGCAUGAAACACUGCGCUUCUAUCCGCCGUUGCCCACAAUUCGGCGAGAAUGUAUCAAAGAGCACUGCAUCGGUUCAUCGAAUCAGCAGCUGCGAAUACCAAUUGGCACGACAAUCAACAUCGACGUGUACGGUGUACAUCGUUCACCUCGGUACUGGUAGGAGCCAUUGACAUUCAAUUACAGAUGAUGGAUGGGCGAUGAGAGACGAAAGAAUCUGUCUAAUCCUUAUUGUUUUCUGCCGUUCUCGGGCGGAAAUCGCAGCUGUAUCGGCCAACCAUUUGCAAUGCUUGAAGCAAAAGUCAUUCUGUCGAUUUUACUGCGACGGCUCAAGUUCGAACUGGUCAAAGGACAAGAGAUUGUGCCGGAUGUACAGUUGACAAUGAAGCCAAAAUACGGCCUCCUGGCGAAAAUAAUAGCGAGAUCAGUUGAGAAAAAGUGAUCUCAUAACGAACAGAAUUGUGAUAUUUGACUACGAUAUGUAAAGUAUUCUCCUUCCAUUUGGAGCUUUUAAUUAGCAGAUGGGCUCUACAGUCUAAAAUAAACGUUGUAGAAUCUCUAUUUUUUUUUGCAGUUUGCAUAAUACACCACGACCCAUCUUUUGAGAUCACUGUUGACUCUUCAUCAUUCCGAAAUUAUUCGAAUUUCGGAUUUUCAUAUCUGUCUCAACCGGGUCAUGUUAUGACUCC